CUUCAUGUUCUUGAAAACGAGAAUCAAUAACAAAGCUUUUAACGCCUGCCUUGUUGGCUUAAUGGUUCAAGAACAUACUACAUGUGUUUGAUUUGGGUUCAUGACACAUUCGGCUUCCAACCGCAUCAUGUAAUAAUCUCGCUGCAGCGAAUAUGCUGUUGCUAUUUUCGACAAGAUGCAGGUUGAUCUUCAAGACACUAAGGAGCACAUAGAGGCCACUGACAAUAAACAGCGUGCAGAAUCUCUAGAACCAGACGACGAAUGCUUCGAGAAGCUGAAGAAGUUUGACGUUUCCACUGCUUCUACCAGUCCACCAUCUUCUGUGGUUGGUGGAUCGUGUUGUCAUUGCGGUCAGAGCAUUCAGCUCCAGUCGCACAAGACACCCGAGCAACAAACCCAACAGAAGAAGUUAGCAGAGUAUUCAGAUUACGCGUACUUGACAGGCCUACUUCAAGAGAUUGAUUUCUUGAGGUUAGGUUCACAGGAUACUAGUCGAACAGCGCCAUGCCCUGCAAUGGAAGGACCGGUUCUUAAAAAGGAAGAGACCGGAUGUGAUUCGAUGAAAAGAGAAGGUUGUCAGUCAGGUUUCGAGGAUGUUAAAUCAAUGCUGAGUUCUUUCAUGGAGUACAGUCAAUUGAAGGUCAUUGCUGAACUUAAUAAUGGGGUUCAUGUCGGCUCCCGAAAUAUUGCCGCAAGCAUAGAGCUCAAUAAAGAUGAAGAAUUGUUUGCGACAGCUGGGAUUUCAAGGACCGUCGAGGUUUUCCAUUUUCCCUCGGUGUUGAACGGAACAGCAGCGGAUCACGGACCUGUUGUCAAAAUCUCCAGAGAAUCGAAACUUAGUUGCUUGAGUUGGAAUAAGUACAUGAGCAACCAAUUCGCCGUUAGUGAUUAUGAAGGCAUAGUAGCUGUUCAUGAUGCAGCUACUUGUCAGAGUAUGAUUCAAUUUAACGAGCAUGAGAAUCGAGUUUGGUCGAUUGAUUUCUCGCACACUGAGCCUCAUUUGCUCAUUUCUGGAGGCAAUGGCCGCAAGGUUAAGGUUUGGUCCACCAAGCAAGAAGCGAGUGUUCUCACCAUCAACAUGAAGACCUCUAUUUGCGCUGUCAAAUACGAUCCUGGAUCGAGCGUAUACUUUGCUGUGGGUUCAGCAGAUCAUAACAUUCAUUACUACGACUCGAGAAAUAUCAGCCGAGCGGUGCAUAAGCUCAAAGGGCACAGGAAGUCUGUUUCCCAUGUGGAAUUCUCCUCCAGCAACAACCUUAUUUCCGCUUCUAUCGACAGCUCCUUGCGCUUAUGGGAUAUAGAAAAACGCGUUCCUCUCCGCGAAUUUACAGGGCACUUGAAUAAGAAAAACUUUGCGGGCCUCUCAUCGACUGGAAACUUCAUAGCCUGCGGCAGCGAAACGAAUGAAGUGGUCGUCUAUCACAAGGAUCUUCCUAAACCGGUGGCUUGGCACAGCUUCAACUCCCCCCAUGCGGAUCAUGCUGGGGAGAAUGCAGAUUCACCCUUUGUAAGCGCGGUGUGCUGGAAACACGACGGUUCGGCGAUGUUAGCGGCGAACAGCCAAGGAAUUAUCAAGGUACUCGCGCUUCCAUUCCAACAGAUAAAAUCGAAUCGAUGGAAAAAGAUGGAGGGAAUCUCGUGUUGAUCUAAGCGGCAUCUGAUGUUGGAACAACACCUUGAAGUAAUUCGGCUGUCAUGUUUAGAACUGAGAUUGUUAAUGUCUUUUGUGUGACCGCAAUUUUCGCGAUGGAUGGUGUGCUAAUCAGGAUUAAUAAGUGAAUAAACCAACACGUUCCUCAUCA